GUUUUAGCAAAUCUUACCGGAAGUGAAGUAGUUGACAAAAAAUAGAAGCGAAUUUUUUGUUUACAGUCAAAAUGAGUGUAAGCAAGUCUGAGGUGUCAUAACAUCCUUCAUACUAGAAAAAGAUAAAGUUGUGAAAAUGACAACAACAACUAACCAGGCAGAGGUUCUGCGACAGUUCCUGACCAAGGAUCCUAAAGGCAGACAGUCUCUGGUGGUUCCGGAGGGACGCUACAAGGGCUGGGUACCAAGAUGUCUGUACGAGAUGAAGUGCUCCAAUGUUUGUCUCCCUUUUCUCAAGUUGCUGUCAUUCCCGGUUGGAGGAAGCAGUCUUGGUAACCUGGUUGACAUGGAAACCUUCAAUGCUGUUGGGAACUAUUUGACACGCCUUCCGGACUCAUUCGGAAAAUGUCAGAAUUUGGUCCGGUUAAACUUGAGUUUUAAUUAUCUAGAAAGAAUACCGUCGGCUAUUUUCCAGCUGACAAAUUUGCUUGAGCUAGACUUGAGUGAAAAUGAGCUGUCAGCCAUACACCCUUCUGUAGGAAAUCUAAAAAGGUUGCGGACAUUGAACCUUAGUGGGAACCUGCUAGAUGAGUUACCAGAGGAGUUGGCACAGUGUGAGAAAAUUGAGAGGUUGGACUUGUCCAGAAAAUGGUAUCCGAAAGGUGGAUUCAAGGUGUUACCAGAAGCAGUGUGUUAUCUGACAGAGUUAACAUAUCUUGACAUCAGCUGGCAUCAAAUAUCUACUAUAACAGAAGAUGUUAAAAACAUGACCAAACUUCAGACCUUGCGGAUGAAGGGAAACUAUCUGAAACACGUGUCACCAGCUAUAUCAGAAUGCCGCAAGCUUCAAUAUCUUGAUCUGACAGGGGCGAUGAAGCUGAAUUCGUACAUCCCGCCAGAGAUAUUUACUUUACCAGAACUGAGAAUUUUAGAUCUUACGAACAAUUAUUUCACAGAAAUUUCCACAGAAAUCGUUGGCUUGAAAAAAUUGAAAAAGAUGAUUAUGAGAAGAAAUGCGUUGCUACGGAUACCAGACGAAAUUUUUCAGAUGGAGAGCCUGGAAUCAUUAGACUUGAGUGAAAAUUAUUUAGAAGAUAUACCCCAAUGUAUAAGUGAAUUAAAGACACUGAAGAAUCUGUAUUUGGCUUGCAAUAAGAUAAAAGCUCUGCCGCAGGAAAUAUGCGAGUGUGAAGAGCUCCGGGAACUACAGUUACAUUAUAAUGCACUGGAAUCCCUACCUGAUGAUAUUUUUAAAUUAUAUCAACUGGAAGAACUCAUGUUAGAAGGAAACCAGUUAAAGACACUGCCGUUGAUGUUGGACAAGCUGGAGAAGUUGAGGGAAACUAAGAGAUUGAGUUUGUACAACAACAACCUGCUGAAACCACCACAAAGUAUCUGUGAUCAGGGGGUGGAAAGUCUGUAUGGAUAUCUAAAGGAGUUGAGGAUAUGUGAGGCCACACAUAGAAAGAAGUUGAUCUUGAUCGGAGCUUCUCAGGCGGGCAAGUCCAGUCUACGUAAUGUACUGAUCCUUGGGAAGUCACGACUCACAGAGGAACACGAACGGACGUGGGUCAUGGAACAGCAUCUUUGGGAACCUGAGCCGGACCUCAGGGUUCAGAUUCUAGAUUUUGGAGGCCACCACAUCUACUCUGCAGCACACCACAUGUUUCUGACCCCCGAGGCCCUUCACGUGUUGGUAUUUGACUUGAGUACAUAUGUACAGGAAAACUACGACCUACAGAUUGGUGAUUGGUUGGAUUCAAUAAUGGAUAGAGCACCAGGUGCGACAAUAAUGUUGGUAGGAACACAUGCUGACUUGUGUACACCGGAACAUAUACAGACUGUGACAGAUCAUGUACUUGACAGAAUGCACCAGGAGGAAGAUGCGAAAAUAAAGGACUUAGAGAUGAUGUUGAGGAUAGAGCAGCGGAAACUUACUGACGCCCACAAGGAAUCUGGACAGAAGUUCCCCGAUCUUGUUACCCAGAGAUUACAGGAACGUGUCAAUAAGAUGCAGAAAUUACACAUAACACGGGUCAAACUCCCACAGGAAAUAUUUAUAGUUAGCUGUGCUGAAACACUUUCAGGUAUUAUAAACUUCCAUGAGAGGCUUACCGACACCCUGAAAACAUCUGAAGGCCAGCCACUGCCCACUUCCUGGUUCAAGUUCCUCACAGCAAUACAGGAAAGACCGGACAAGAUCCUGAGCUGGUCAGAAACCUUGAAGAUAUUUGAGUCAGUGAUAGCAACAUUAAAGCAGUCAAUGUAUAUGUUGCAAGGUUCAGCGGAGAAGAGUUUGGAGAUGGUGCUGAGAUAUCUUCAUGUGACAGGAGAGAUUGUAUGGUACCAUGAAAAUCCAAAAUUACGCAAUAUUGUAUUCCAUCAUCCGGAGACACUGGUAGAAAUGUUGAGAGCUAUAUUUAGACACGACUUCAAGGAAGUUGUCACCUAUGUAGAUACUCUUGGACAGAUGGCAGGUCUAUCCGAGGGACGAUUUGAAAGUUUGAAGGAGGAGUUUUUGCAGCGAGGGUUGAUGACAAAUGAGUUGUUAAGUUACUGUCUCCAACAUUUCAGUCUUAGUUUGGAAUCACAGGAAAUCUUUAUGGACUUGAUGCUGAAGUUUGAUCUCUGUUAUCAGGUGAAGGAUCCUACGAGUGCCCCUGGAACUUUGGGUUCAAAACAAAUUCUCCAGUUUCCAUGGUUUCUUACAUCUACUCCGCCGGAAGAUUUUGCCACAAGAUGGCCAGAAAUGGUGCCAAUAAACAUAAUAGAACUGAGGUACCAACUGCAAUUCUUAAAGAAAGGGUUACCAAAUUUCUUUGAGAAGAUGUCGGCACGGUUACAAAGUUACGUAACUCAGCGGGAAGAUUGGAAGGACGGUAUUCUGGCGAGUCGAAAUAAAUGCAAGCUUCUGCUGACAAGGAAGAAAACAAGCGGGCUAAGUUGCAUAACUCUGUCAGUGAGAGGUGCAGAUUUACAAGAUUUGUGGUUCCUGAUUCUGACUCUUAGGGCUGAUAUGUUGGCUUUACUGCAGGAAUGGCCAUUUGUGAAAGUUGAUCCCUAUAUGGUAUGUGCACACUGUAUAGCUACCAACACGAAUCCACCGUAUCUAUGGAGAGGUGAAAUACUAGAUGCCAAAUGUCCGAAGGGACUGUACGAGACACACUGUCCGAAAACUAGUCACUCUAUACCAGCGUGUCUUAUUUAUCCUAUAGACUCUGAAUUCCCGUCAGAAGAUAUGAAUCGUCAUAUAACAACUGUAACAGAUUUCCUCAGGAAUAACUAUGACACUGUCGACAGUGCAGGAUUAUUGUCAGACCUUGUAAUGGCAUGGAUUGCAGCUAAGUUAGGGUUUGAGUGGAACAGAGUGGCGUUAGAGCUUGGACUGACCCAGGCUAAUAUAGAACAAAUCCAGAUCAGCCAUAAAUACGAGGGAGCUCACAAAAUGAUCCUUAGUGCCCUGCUGAAAUGGCGUGAUAAUAAUGCAGGUACAGAUGAAGAGAAGAUUGAGAUUCUGAUGCUAGCUAUUCGAGAUAGCAACCGGAAUGAUCUGGCUGAUGAAUUAAUGGCACAGUAUAUAGGGUCGUAGUACAAAAUCAAAGGCAGCUUUUGUUGUUGUGAUGCUUGAUUGUUCUCACUCUACCCAGCACAUAGAAUAUGUUCAGCAUGAAAUGACCAGGUAUUUGCUACAGAAAUUAGAAAAAUGCCCUAUCUGCAUCUAACUAUAUACAUUUGUGUAUCUAAGAUAAUCUAUAGUUGUUUGCCAUGGGCAGCCUGUCUGUGUGACCCCUCCAUAAGGACGAUAGUGAUUUAAGUUGGAGGAUAGUGCAAGAUAUGGAAGAAACCUCUGGAAAAUAUGCGUGUAUCUCAGUUUAUCAGUGGCUGCCAUGGUUGCCCUUAUAUGGGAUUCCUUCAGAGUUAGUGAUUUAAGUUAGAGGAUUGUGCAAGAAUCAGAAGAAAUUACAGUACUAGAAGUGUCUCUGGCUUUAAGCAUGCCCGGUGAAAGCACCUGCACUCAGGACUCAUCAUUUUGUGGUCUCCCAUCGACAUAAAAGGUGACCUAACUAAUGUUGAUGAGACUUACAAUCUAGCAAAACAAGCAACUACAUGGAAGAGAAAUUGACAGCAAUAUUGUAUAUUUGUUGCUUUUUAGGGGCCUCUGUGGCCAAGUGGUUAUGGGUGCUGUCUUUAAAUCAUUGGUGUAUAAACAACAAAAACGCCCAACUUUUGCUUAUUUAGGUACAUUAUGAUUAAAAGAGUUGUUACAAUUAUUUCCACAUUGAUUGUGAAAUGUUUAUUUAAAAGUAAUGGUAUAUGUUACUUUAAUUUUGUUGAGAAAUGCAUUGGUACAGCCAUGAUGACUGUGAAAGCGUUGUUUGUUCUACAUGCAGGAUACGACUGUUUAUAUAAUGUUUGGUGCAUAAUAUUGUUUGAAUGGUAAGAUUAUGUAAGUGCUGCUUGAUACAGAAGGUUAUUUCAGAGGAAAUUUAUAGAAAUGUAACCUACUGGGUACAUAGAAUGUUUGUCUUUUGUAACAGAUUGUGGGAAGCAGAUAUAUUUACAACACAUUCACUUGUCAGUAAAGAUAUUUCUUAACUUACCUCUUGUAGUGGCAUUAGAAUCAUGUUAUGGUGAUGUGUUCGACAACAUGUUGAAAAUUAAAGUUUAUGUGCUAAAUGUGCAGUUAUGUGCUAAAUAUUGACCUCAGGUGAGUGAUAGUUCAAAGUGCUACUGUUAAGUGAUGGUAAUAUGAAUAUGAUUUAAUUUAUAUAUAUAGUUUCUUAUGCAAAUUAGAGCAAGCCAGAAGUAAAAUGAUGUGAUUGAAGCAAACAUUGAAACCAAAAAAAAUGUGUUAUACAUGUGCAGCUGGAAGUUUCCACACACCUUGUAGGUUGACCUCGAUCGCUUUCAGAAAGUCACAAGUAAUCAAUUUAGGGUUUGAAUAUGAUGUUUUUUUAUUAUGAGGAAGCAAUGUCAUAUUGCUGCCAAAAGAAUGAUAUAUUCUCGUUAACCCUUAUCCAGCUUAAUUCUAAAAUGGACUGGUUCUAUUAUUCAAUUUAGGUAGCUCCAAUUAUUAUACAAAGGGGUGUUCACUAAAAUAUUACAAAGGCAAAUUCACUUGACGCCAGCAGGCUAAAGGCUUAAUAUUAUUGCAUUGCAUCAUAGUUGGUUCUUCUUUUUAGAGGUUGUGCUGUUCAGUGUUCACAUGUAUUGUAGAUUCAUGCAUCAUUCCUUUUUUGGAAAUAAUAGUGAAAGUAAAACUAUCGUCAGUAAUUCCAAAUCUAUAGUUAAAUGGAUUUACGAGACCAACCUUGAAUUGACAGUGGUUAACUUAUCUCUUAGACUAUGAACUGUUCCUUCCCCCAACACAGGCUAUUUUUGCUAAGAAACAAUUAAUAUACUUACAAGAAGUGUUUUGUGCUGUUGUGGUGCAAAUCUUUGAGAGAGUGAUGCAUGUGUUGUAAAAGUACAUGUACUUAUUUUUGCAAGUACAUAUUUGUUAGUGUGGAGAAAAUUUGUUAGUGGAUUUAUAUACAUGAUAUGUAUGAUACGAGCCAUGCCAUGAGAAAACCAACAUAGUGGCUCUGCGACCAGCAUGGAUCAAGACCAGCCUGCGCAUCCGCGCAGUCUGGUCAGGAUGCAUGCUGUUCGCUAACGGUUUCUCUAAUUGCAAUAGGCUUUGAAAGCGAACAGCAUGGAUCCUGACCAGACUGCGCAGAUGCGCAGGCUGGUCUGGACCUAUGCUGGUAGCAAAUGCACUAUGUUGGUUUUCUCAUGGUGCGGCUCAUAUGUUUUUCUCCUAUUUAAUGAAAGUGCACAAGGAUUAGUAAUGUAAUUUGCAUGUCUUCAACAGGUAUUUAAAAAACACACAAGGGGUCAGAUAAGAUAAAAUAAAAUAAGAUAAAUUUUAUUUUUGAGUCUGUAAGAUAAGUAACAAUACAGCAUAAGCACUCCAGGUGCUUGUGAACUGACUGUAUUAACAAAUUUACAAAGAACAAAACUAAAAAAUCUGUAAAAGAAAGACAGUGAUUACAAGAACUCCAAGCAUUAAGAGAUCUAAUUUGUAAGUUCUAGCACAUAACAGAACAUAAGAUGACAUGGCAGCAACAAUUUUAAAUGUAAAAAUGAGAAAUUAAAACCCAUGUGAUAGCUGCUGUCAAGACCUAAAAACUGCCAUAAAAGAGAAAUAUAAAAAAACUGAACCAGCAAAAAAGCACAAGAAAUGCGUAAUUUAAAACAAAGCUAAAGGAAGUUAUCAUCUCAGGAUCAGACCUGAGGUGAACUAAACAGCAACUACUACACGACAGCAAAAUUCAAGGAAAUACAACUACAGGAAAAGAAACAAUACAGCAACUCAGGAUUACAUGCAUAAAUGAAAAGUACAAAAUGAGGAUGGAGAAACUGCACGUAGGCAUAAAUUGAAGGACAAGGCAAUAAAAAUACAUACCGUAAUAUCAUACAGGGUUUUAGUUUAGUGGAAGUUGUUUAAAGGAUGAAUAACACUACUUGGCAUUUAAUUGUGAUUGCAGUUCUACAUGCACAGGAAGUCAAUAUAUUUAGCCAACUUAGUAAGGUAAAUACAUUUGACGAGGACUUUCUACAUUUAAGGAAAUUUCUAACGAUGAAAUAUUUAAGUUUGUCUUAAACUUCCUGUUAAACAUUCACAAUGCAGUAAUAUUGUCGUAUUUGAAGUUUGUAUAUUUAAGAAAUGAUUUUUUUUAGCUCAUCUGAUUUUUUGAAAAAAAAAUGAUGAGUUAUUGUCAUCACUUGAGCGGUUGUCGGCGUCGGCGUUGCCUGGUUAAGUUUUAUGUUUAGGUCAGCUUUUCUCCUAAACUAUCAAAGCUAUUGCUUUGAAACUUGGAAUACUUGUUCACCAUCAUAAGCUGACCCUGUACAGCAAGAAACAUAACUCCAUCUUGCUUUUUGCAAGAUUUAUGGCCCCUUUUGUACUUAGAAAAUAUCAGAUUUCUUGGUUAAGUUUUAUGUUUAGGUCAACUUUUCUCCUAAACUAUCAAAGCUAUUGCUUUGAAACUUGGAAUACUUGUUCACCAUCAUAAGCAGACCCUGUACAUCAAGAAACAUAACUCCAUCUUGCUUUUUGCAAGAAUUAUUGCCCCUUAUGGACUUAGAAAAUCAGUUUUCUUGGUUAAGUUUUAUGUUUAGGUCAGCUUUUAUCCUAAACUAUCAAAGCUAUUGCUUUAAAACUUGCAACACUUGUUCACCAUCAUAAGCUGACCCUGUACAGCAAGAAACAUAACUCCAUCCUGCUUUUUGCAAGAUUUAUGGCCCCUUUUGGACUUAGAAAAUAUCAGAUUUCUUGGUUAAGAUUUAUGUUUAGGUAAACUUUUUCUCUUAAACUAUCAAAGCUAUUGCUUUGAAACUUGCAACACUUGUUCACCAUCAUAAGCUGACCCUGUAUAGCAAGCAACAUAACUCCAUCCUGCUUUUUGCAAUAAUUAUUGCCCCUUUUGGACUUAGAAAAAUCAUUUUCUUGGUUGAAUAUUAUGUUUAAGUCAACUUUUCUCAUAAACUAUCAAAGCUAUUGCUUUAAAACUUGCAACAGUUUUUCACCAUCAUAAGUGGACACUGUACAUCAAGAAACAUAACUCUAUCCUGCUUUUUGCAAGAAUUGUGGCCCUUUUUAGACUUAGAAAAUCAUGGGUAGGACAAUAUUUCUAUUAUACAAAAAAAAUCAGAUGAGCGUCAGCACCCGCAAGGCGGUGCUCUUGUUUUAGUUCAUAUGAUAAAUUGCACACAUUUUAUUGUAUUUAACGUAAAGAUCUGCUUCCCAGCCAUACUUUUUACCAGACAGAACGACUGCGACAUCAUCUAAAAAAAUGUUCUACCUGACUACACAUGAGUGUUCUCAAAACAGUGGCACGUUAUCAUUAAGCAGCUUUAUUGAAACUUUAUUGGCGCCUUUCCUUUUGUGAUUCAAACAAAUUAAACAUCAUAAUUUUCAAUAGAAUGAAUUGGAAGAAUGUAAAUAUAUAUCGAAGUUAACAUUUAUCUUAGUGUAUGGUCAUGAUCAGUCUUGGUUUAAACUUCUUUAGUUUCUGUGCCAGUAUUGAAUAAUGUUACCUCUUCUUCUUUUUAUGCAAAUAUUGUUUUUCUUAUGUGUGUCAUUCAUCAUUUCUAGAGAUUAAUAAUUUAACAAUUACAGUACUAAUCAAAGUCUUUAAUUCAUUUUAAAUAGUUAUAGUAGUAUAAUAUUGCAUUUCCUGCAUAGAAUUAAAACUUUUUAAAAAAAAAAAUGUUUUAAAAUGAAACUAGAAAAAUUUUUUUUUUACUUAUUCACAUGUUUGGACUAAAACAAGUCAUGCAACCCAAAAAAAGGUUUGUUGCCAACUUAACUAUUACUGACAUUUUCACUAAAAAUCUGAAAGUUUUUGUAAGGAAUGAGCUACAAGUCUGCUUCAUUCAUGAAAUGACAUUGUCACUCCUGAAUGUAGAUAAUUUUUGGCAUUUGAAAAAGACACUUAAAAUCUAACUGGCUUUGAUAUGUGCUAUUUUUGUUUUGUAUUGGGUGAUGAACAUACUGAAAAUGAGUUUUGUACAUAUCUUGUACUGUGUAAUUGAUAUACCGUAAUGCUCAGAACACUGCGUAAAAAGGGUAUAUUUAUUUUUAGAAGCGUGUAGGUUAUUUCUUAUUUCAUUAGGAUUUCGGCUCUGAUUAAUAUACAUUAAGUAUUUAUUAUGAAGUGUAUAUUCUAUUUUGCAAGUUUCGUGGCACAGCCAUUUGCAAUUAAGAUGUUUAUUGUUGCAUUAUUGGGGAUGUCCCACACUGGAUGCCCGCACAUGCUUUUGAACUUAAAAUUGUGAAGAAAUGACAGAAUCCAUAUGUUACUUCACACAAUCCAUAAUUAUGUCACUUUACAUAAUAGAGUGCAAUAAAUUUGACAAUGAAUUGGCUUACAUAUUACUGCAGUGAAACGUCAUGACGAUUUAAGAAUGUAUGCUAUUCUAACCAGUGAUAACUUCUGCACAGGCAGAGAUUUAAGUGUACAUAUUGUCAGGUUUUAAAAGAAAUUUAACUGACCUUUUAUAGAAAAGUAGUUUGAAGCUCUACGUAGGUAAUUACAUGGCUAAUUUAAUGGGAAUUUCUGAUUAGUUAAACAGUGUGUGGUUAAUGUUGAAAUUCUACUGAGAUAAUUGUGUGGUUAAAUGUCUGAAAGUUCUAUUUAGUUAAUUGUAUGAACACUCUAAUAUUAAAGAACUAAAUUGUCUUUGAUUCUUGCAUAAAACCUUUGUUUUUUGCCGAUUUCGGGCAUGCACAAACAGGGAAAAAACGUGUACAAACAAGGAGAUUCUCGUGAGCACGCGCUGUUGGUGAACGUUUUGAAUAUGCUGUUGCGGGUCCAACGUAAGCAAAUUAUGGAUCCCGAAUCAAUUUUGGCCGAAGUCGAAAGGUCCGAGAUUUAUGAAAUCUUUUCAUCUGCAUUUUUAUUAAAAAAUAUCAUUUUUCAACCUAACUUUACUUUAACUUGUAAUAAGCGCUACCUCUCUUGAUACGCGACUGAAUUGACGUUCCUUAUUAUUGUAUUAUUACGAGUAUUUGACUCAAAGUAAGUUUACACGCCGCGAUUUAAUCCCUGAAAAUGAUAGGUAAACAACAUUUACAAAAAUACAAUUUCGUUUUCCAAAUUAAUUUGAGUCGAGAAAGUUGACAUGCUAACUUUAAAUCUUACACUAAAACUUUAAAAAAAUGUUUGUGUCUACUUUACACAUCUAUGCAGUCUACUGAUGUAGUGAUGGUGUGUAAUGUAAAGCAUAAACAUGACGAAGCGUAAAGUUUGAAGGAGUUUUCCAUAGUUAAUGAACAUUUGAUGAACAGAAGGUAUUUAUUAUAUAUUUUUCAAUUUAUUUGUAGAUCUCACCAACCAUGUUUGAGUUUAUAAAUCCAAUCUAAGUUGAUUAUAUCGAUGUUGGAAAAAUUCAAAUUUUUGUGUUUUUCAAACUUUGAUCGCGAUGGGGUGGGGUGCAAAGCAAAAUGUUUUAGUUAUAGGCCUAGAGAUUUCAUUUUUAACGACAUGAAGAAUAUAGGUAUCGAUACCAGUUUCUAUUAAACGAUAAUAUUUACAUCUAAAAAGCGUAAGGGACAGACUAUUAAUUUAAACCAAGCAGAAUUGUGUUCAGUCGGCACCUCACCUGCAAAUUGUGUAAAGACAGGAUGCCGUGUAUGCCCUUUUCUCAUAAUUCCGAGCCUCUAAAGCUGAAGUUCCUACCGAUAUAUUGGAAAAAGGGGGAGUCAUGCUUAUUUUACAUAUAUUUAAUAUUAAAGAAAUUACCACAACAAGAAUGUCCGUUCGACAUGUAUAAAAUAUGCACUGUUUCUGUAUGCCCUGGAAAUGCAUAAAUAAAACAUGUGUCCAUAACAACCUGAAACGGCCGACUUCGAUCGGCUAAUGUCAGCUGAAUAGUCUUGUUUUUUCGAUAUUUCCAGCACUUUAGUUGUGUUUUAUGCAAGAAUAGCGAUAACACACGUUUGUUUCGUGAAACAACAUCUGCAGAAUCCCUCGGGCUGUGUUGGUGCACUCGCCCUACGGGCUCGUGCACCAACCAAUCCCUUGGGAUUCUGCAGUUGUUGUUACACAAAAAAACGUGCGUUAACCCUACAUUGGUUAAUUGUGUGGUAACUGUGCAGAAGCUCUACUUAGAUAAUACAUAUAUUUGAGCUUCUAAUGCAAAUGAAAGUUUAUUGUGUUGACAUGUCCACUAAAGUGUAGAACCACAAAACACGAUCAAAAUGAAUAAAAAUAGUAGCUUGAAAUAAUAUUCAAACUUUUUUAAUUAUCAUGUAUAUUUCAAAAAGGAAAUAAGAUGAAACUAACCAUAGUUUUUAUAUGGUUUUAUAUUGUAAUAUCAUUUUUGUCUGUUGUUAUAUCUGUAAUCAUGAAUGAAAUAUUAAGAUAAUAAAAUGUUUAAAACAAGAAUGUUAAACUUU